CCUCCUACUGCCCGUGUUUAGUUUGAUAGGCUAAUUCGGCGUGAAAACAGCCGUCGUUUUUAUUAAGAUCAGCAGUUCUGAAAGUAAAUUGUCAAGAAAGCAUGAGACAUAUGACAGUGUGUUGGUUUUGUAAAUGCAUUUUUUGCACAUCGCCUAUAUAAUAGCCUAUAGCCUACCUUACUUUCGAUUUAACUGGGAUUUCGUGGAAACUGAAACCGCCAAACGACAGCGAAAUGGAUGGAUUUCACAUGCCAGAAAAAAUUCAAGAGGAUCAUUUCAACAAAAUCAAGGAUGUGUUUGCUUCUGAAAGCCCAGAGAAAAUUCCCCAUCAGCUUAUUUCUCUUUUGGAGGUUUUUGACCAUUUUAAGAUAGAUAUCGCUGUGACUGGAGAGUCUGGUGCAGGAAAGUCUUCUCUUAUCAAUGUGUUCCUCAGACUGAAUCCUGAUGACACGGGGGCGGCUCCAACUGGAGCUGUAGAAACCACAAAGCAACCAACUAUGUAUCAGCAUCCAAAUCUCCCACACGUCAGACUGUGGGAUCUUCCAGGGAUGGGCACCCCUUCCUUUACAUCCAAGAGUUAUGUAAAGACAAUGAAUUUUGAUCUAUAUGACAUGUUUAUGGUUGUGAUAUCAGAGAGAGUCAGAGAAAACAACAUGCUUCUGAUCGACGAAAUUGGGCAACGAAAGAAGCCGUUUUAUUUUAUUAGAACAAAAGCUGAUAAUGAUAUGCUAUCCCAAAGAAAGAAAAGAACAUUCUCUGAAAAACGUGCAUUGGAUCAAAUGAGACGAGACUGUGAGAAGUAUCUGAAGGAGAAGAAAUUGGACCCCCACGUGUUCCUAGUUUCAGCCCAUGAGACACAAAAUUAUGAGAUGCAGAAGCUCACAGACACUCUUAAGAAUGAGGUUUCUCAGCUUAGAGCAGAAGUAUUUUCAAGUUUUCUGGACAAGAUGUUUCACGGAGGUUGGAUGAAUGCAAGGCAUGCGACACGCCACAUCCAACAGACUGAAAAACUUCAAGGUGACGACAUCACAACAUUGCAAAAUAUGUAUAAGCGCACAGGCUUUGGAGCCGCAAAAGUCAGUGUUGUACUAGAGGCUCUGAGUCACUUUCAGCUUGACGUAGCAGUUUUGGGUGAGACGGGGUCUGGAGCAUCCACUCUAGUAAAGGCCUUAAUUGGUCUUGAGAAUGAGGUGAGUGAUGCAGCAACAGCAUACAUCAGCAACCCUGCAAUGAGUCCUGGAUACCCAGAUGUCCGGUUCUGGGAUGUAUCUGGUAUAGAGGCACACAUGGAUUACUCAAUGAAUUGUACGAAACAAGUCCUGAAUUGGUAUGACUUCUAUAUCAUCAUUCUAUCAGACUGUCAGAAAGCACGGCAUAUAAAACUAGCUAAAGCAGUUGAACAACUAAGAAAGCAUUACCUCUUGGUCCAAACCAAAGCAGACUGUCAUCUACAGACGCGAACAGAUUUGUACUGUGAUGAGACUGAGAUACUUGAUGGGCUACGGGCACAAUAUACACAAGAGCUUCAGAUGGCAAAUCUGUAUGAACAACAGAUUUUUCUCAUCAACAGCCUAGACAGAAGUGCAUUUGACUUUAUAGGCUUGGAAAGUGCGCUGUCCGGUGACCUCAACACUGUCAGGGCAAGUGCUUUUGCAUAUUAUAUAGCAAGAAUUGUAAAGCAGAAUGAUCGCUGA